CCCCAUAUAAGGCCACUCGCGAUCUCUCUUAAAAAACAUUCAUACCAUUUUCAGUCUCCCAACUCCAAUGGCGGGAUUCACUCACACUGUCGCUUUGCUCUCCCUUCUCACAACAACCGCCUUCAUCUCCAGUUUUGUCGUUUCACAGCCGCCCCUCGAUGCGGCGGAGCAAGAAUCGGUUUACCGGAUUCUUGAGUCUGUCAACUCUGGAAUACCAUGGCGCUCCUUAUUUCCGGACGAUCUCUGCUCCUCCUCCCCUCAUGGCGUCGUCUGCGACUACUUCUCUGACUCCGCCGCCUCGUCGGACGGCCCCGGGACACCCCAUGUUACGGAGCUCAGCUUUGGAUAUGUUUCAGACUAUUCCCCCAACCCGCCCUGUGAUUCCAACUCUACCCUCGACCCUUCCCUGCUUGUGCCGCUUUCCCAUCUCAGGAAGCUCUUUUUCUACAAAUGCUUCACUCUAACACAAGUCCUAUUUCCAGAUUUCUCCCAUUGUGAUUUUGUUGAAAACCCAGGAUUGGUUGGGUCUCUGGAUGGAAAAAUCAGUAACUUGAGGAGUUUAAGGAGGUUGGUUUUGACAGGAAGUGGUGUUUCUGGCGGGAUUUCAGAUGGGUUUGGUCAGUUGGUCAAUCUUGAGCAGCUCACAGUUUCAAGAAACAAGUUCAAAGGUGAGAUUUUGAUGGCUGCUUUUCAGAAUUUGAAGAAACUGAGGGUUCUUGAUUUAAGUGAUAAUGGGUUGGAGGGAAAAGUUCCAGAAUCCAUUGGAAAUUUGAGCGAGGUGUUAAAGAUUGAUUUGAGCUAUAAUGGGUUGUCAGGGAGAAUACCUGAAAUCUUGAAGGGUUUGAAGAGUUUGGAGUUCUUGGAUUUGAGUUACAACAGCUUUGGUAAUUUUGGGGUGCCAUUGUUCUUGGCUGAGAUGCCAAGUUUGAGGGAACUGUAUUUGAGUGGGAACUAUCUCGGAGGGCAGAUCCCGGAAAUAUGGGGAAAUCUUGGGGGUAUUAAGGGAAUUGGGCUUUCAGGUGUGGGACUUGUUGGGGAUAUUCCCAAAUCAAUGGGGUUACAUUUGAGAAAUCUGUGUUAUCUAGGGCUAGAUAAUAACAGGCUUGAAGGGGUUGUUCCUGAGGAGUUCGAGGAUUUGGAGUUUGUGAGUGAGUUGAAUUUGGAGAAGAACAAUUUGAGUGGGAGACUCCCAUUUUCUGCAGGCUUUCUGUCCAAAUUAGGUGGAAAGCUGAAGUUGGAGGGCAAUUCAGACCUUUGCAUUGAUCAGGCCUUAAGGUCUGCCAAGAUCAGUGGUAGACUGGGACAGCUGAAAGUGUGCAGACAACCAGAUAUUCCCCAAACUGCCCUUUUCGAUGUGAAUUCUUGUCCAACCCUACAUGCUGCUUCUUUAAUGGCAAUUAUCCCUAUUGGGCUUUUGCUUCUUUGUGUUUGUCUUUUUCUUGCGAGUUAGAGUGCUAGUUGUUGAGAUGAAACAUGUUACAUAUUUCUUGAGAUGUAUAAAAAUUGCCCAAAAAACUUGAUGAAUUGUUGAUAGAAAAUCAGUUUUGGUCUUUUCUGGAACUGUUUUAUUCAGACAAUCUAGUGGGCAGUUCUGUCUGGAUUGAUUGACAUUAAUAUUCACAUGAAUUGUUCCUGAAUUCUGAAAUGUAAAUAUGAAGGGAUUCCAGGCUGUUGUGCAAGAACCUCAGAGAAAACAAAAGCCACAUUCAUGGCAAUCAUAUUAGAAAUGAAGCUAGUAGAUGUGUUCUGAUUCUAUAAUUAGUUCCAAAUAAGAACAGAGAUUCAGGGGGGAAAAGGGAGAAAAAAAAAAAAAAGAAAAAAAGAACAGAAGUUCAUGGUUGGUUUACACAAGGGAUCAUCAUCAUCAUCAUAAUCAUGGUUGUCUAAAAAAU